UCGAUAUGACGCCCUUCAGAUUGAGAUUGGCAGCAUUCAACGGCGAUCCGUGACGAUGAUUACCAGGUUGGGAGGGUAAAGAUACCAGCCAUACCGUUUCGUUACCGCGCCCGUGACUCUCUUUCUUUCUCCACCAAGUACUCUAGAGGUAUCGGUCUCUUCCUUGAGAACCCAUGUUGGAUAUCACAACUAAUUGCGACUCCCGAAAGCUCCGAGACAGGGGAGACUCAAUCGAGUGGUUGGUUACAGCUUAAUGGAGCUGUUUCAGUUUGACUGUCAGCAGGGGUGUCUCAUUCUUGAGCUGCGCCCAUACGCGUCAUUGAGAUCCUAGUGGGUCGAUCAUCCCUCCGCUGCUCUUGACUCUGCCGCUUAACGAACGACCUGCCGUACCUGCUUGUCUCUUGUCGAUCUUCGGGACUUGGGGUCCUGCUUGCCCUUGUCCGUUUGAAAUUUUUUUCUUCUUGUUCGUUUGUUUUCUUCUCCUUUUCUGUCUAUACUGUUGUGGCUUUUACAUUGCUCAUCGGUCCUUGAAUCCCUCGUCGCAAUUGAUCAUCCGAGGCAAAGGGAACAACGAAAAAUGGUAGAUUGUUCUCCAUCGUAUUGGAGGAACGGUAUAAUCUUGCCCUUUUAGUGUCAAUUCCCCAGGUACUCUGUGUGGAGGCUGUCCCCAGCUUCCGACGAGCGUUCCUCGCUCGCUAGCUAAGAUGUUUCCUCGUCGAUUCCGUCGCAUCGCCGCCAUCACCUCCGUCCUCUGUCUCUUCCUCCUCUACCACUUCACCGGCCUUCGAUCGAGCUUCCACCCUGCCGCUACCCAUGAACGCCGCCGGGUCGAAUGCCCGCCCCUCCCGGGCAUGGAAGACGUGCUGGUUGUGUUGAAAACAGGUGUCACCGAGGCAUUGGACAAGGUCCCGGUGCACUUCCAGACCACCCUGCGCUGCGUCCCGAAUUACGUGAUCUUUUCCGACUUCGAGGAGGAAAUUAAUGGGAUCAAAGUGCACGAUGCCUUCCGGAAUAUGGAUCCCGACGUGAAAGGGACCGUCCCCGACUUUAGCAUCUACAACCGCCUCGUACAGAUGGGUCGAGCGGGCCUGGAAACUCAUGAUUUCGCCGACGAGGCUAACUCGGCCAUCGGCAAGCCAAACAACCCGGGUUGGAAACUAGAUAAGUGGAAGUUUCUGCCGAUGGUCCAGGAAACGCUCCGUUACAAGGGCGACGCAAAAUGGUACGUCUUUAUGGAAGCGGACACGUAUUACUCAUGGGGUACGUUGCUCGAAUGGCUCUCGCACUUUGAUGCAUCCAAGCCGUGGUACAUCGGCACUGAGACCCAGAUUGCCGAUGUCAUAUUCGCCCACGGCGGCUCGGGCUUCGCCAUCUCGAAUCCGGCCAUGCAGCGAGUCGCAAAGGAGUACACAGAGCGCAACGUCGAGCUGAACGAGUACACGGACGCUCAUUGGGCUGGAGACUGCGUCUUGGGCAAAGUGUUGGCCGACGUCGGCGUGCCAUUGCACUUUUCCUGGCCGAUCCUGCAGAACACCAACAUCGGCGAACUAGAUGAGUUCACGACCGCCUUCUACCGUCGACCCUGGUGUUUCCCCGCCGUCGCAUUCCACCAUCUGAGUGCACGCGACGUCCAAGAUCUGUUCAAUUUCGAACAACGCCGAUGGCACGAGAAACAAGCCACACGUCUCCUGCACGGCGACGUCUUCAAAGAACUCAUCUACCCAAAUCUCUCUUCAUACCGUGACAACUGGGACAAUCUCUCCGACGAAGAGCACUCGGAAAUCACCACCUUUGACGAAUGCCAGUCCUUUUGCAAGGAUAACCCCGACUGCGCACAGUUCUCCUUCCGCUCCAAAUCCUGUUUCACCGGCAGGACACCCAAACUGGGCACGGCUACCUCGGGGGCCCGGUCCGGAUGGGCUAUGAAGAAGAUCGAGGAGAUGAUGCGUGAGGCACCGGUUUGUACGAGUGUGGAGUGGGGUGCUGCCUGAUUGUUCUCUACUUUUUCUUUUCUAUACAUGUUUCUGUUUCCUGGCGCGCAUUGGCGGUGAUGCAUUGGCAGUUCGCAGGUCGAACGUGGUGGACUGGAGUUAUGCUCUCUUACAGCUCGAUGUUGAUUGACAGAAUGGGACCCGGCUGGUUUAUGCUGAUCUCCUGGCUGGAUGUAUACUAUAGACUACCAUUCUCGCUGUGCUCAUUUUCUUCUGAUAUGUUUCUAUGGGCGGUGUUGGGUCUCGUCUUGCAUGGUAGGAGUUGUCGAUGGUUUCAUUCAAUACAUCAAUUCUAGCGAAUCUCACCUACAACAAUAAGAGCAACCAUUCCAACAAUAA